AUGUCCAGCAGUUUUCGGGCAAACAUGCAGAAACUAAACCAACGAGACGAAACUCUCUGUAUAGGCUCCCUUCAUGCUCAUCGAACAACUUCACAAAAAUCAUUCAUCCCUGCCUCCCUAUACCAAGCAGGCCGCCUCAUCAACCGCCGCUACCCCUCCUGGUUCCGCCGCCGCGUCCACCUCCACCUCCACCGCUCUCUCGCCGUCCUGAUUUACGGGCUCCUCCUCCUGUACUACCACAUCCACCUGGGCGCGGCCAUGCUAGCGCUGAGCCAGAGCACCGCCCUACGAAACCCACGCGCGCGCACGUUCACGCUGCCCGCUUACCCGGGUGCCUCGGCCCCCUCACUACUAAAACUCCUCGCGGCGGCGGUGGACGACUUCGACCGCCACGGGGCCGUCGCCCUCCAGCGCCACGGGGACCCCUGGCUGCUGCUCCAGAACAAGUGGGUCUGGAUCCCGUUCGCGUCCGCCUGGCCCCGCGCCGUGCGGUGA